GGCAGGAUGACUCAUUUCUUUGUCAUCCUCUCGCCCUACUCGGCCCGUCCAGCUGUUCCCAUCGCUUCUGUGCAGCAAGGAUGGAACGUCACAUGGUUUGCGUGAGGCUCUUUGGCACUGGGUCAGUUCCAGGCCUCGCAAGGCCAGAAGAAGCAGAGGAAGAUAAGGACUGACAGAAGAGAGACAGGCUCCGACUGUCCCAGAGCAGAAGACAAAAAUACGCCCCUUCUGCUGAGUCUUCAGUUGCAACAGGGUCUGAGGUGCUGCAGCUGUUGGAUCAUUUUACCCUCAGCCCUAAGUGCAUCCCUCCUCCUAUCGGCCCCCUGCCCUGCCCCAGGGGGGGCCCCUCACCCCAUCUGUCCAAUGAAUGCAAAGGUCUUAAUGCUCCCCUUGUCACUUUGCAACUUUCCAGCAUCCAGACUUCUGCUCCAUGUAGGGCCCAUUCAUAUGCCCCUUGAAUGUGCUCCAUUCAAGGAGGACCUUGAAUUCUUGAAAUGGCACAGUCACUUGAUGACGGGCAUCCAGAGAAAAGACAAGCCCCCCGUCUGAGGGGAACGAACUUGCUGGAAGGCCUGGUUGAUUGUCAGACAAGAGGAAGAGAAGCCAGGUUCCCCAGUCACGGGCUGGUUUAUUGCUUCGUUCAGAAUUUCUGCCAAGAGCCCUGGGCAGGCAGACCUCUCCCCAUCCCAAGGCUUGGCUGAGAUAAUAAAGCUGGGACACCUACAAAUAUGUGAAACAUGAUUAACAGCAGGAAGAGAGAGGGGGAAUGUGUUUAUGAAGAGCUAUUUUUAAAGAUUCAAAGUACUGGGAUAAUUGGGGAAAUUUUGAGAAAGGGGAAAUUGGAGGACUGCUGAGCACCAAAUUCAGGGGUGAUGUCCUGUGAUCUGAAGACUCCCAACUCCGGGUCCUGUUCAGAUGCCCUUGACCCCUAGAUCUUCCUUCUGAAGCUGCCUGGAACCAGCACAUGCCAGCAGGCUUCAUGCUCUGGAAUUGGAGGGCCUCUCGGAGGAAAUGAUGAACGCGGUGAAGACACAGUUCCUGUGCCUGCUGCUCUGUGGAGCCGUCUUCACGUGGCCCAGCCAGGAAACCUACAGACGACUCAGGAGAGGCGCCAGAUCGAACAGAGUGACCUGCAGAGAUGAAAAAACGCAGAUGACAUACCUCCAACACGAGUCCUGGCUGCGACCCCUGCUCAGGGGCAACCAAGUGGAGCACUGUAGGUGCAACGGUGGCAGGGCCCAGUGCCAUUCGGUGCCCGUCAGAAGUUGCAGUGAACCUUGGUGUUUUAAUGGGGGGACGUGUCAGCAGGCCCUCUAUUCUUCAGAAUUCGUCUGCCAGUGCCCGGAAGGGUUCAUGGGGAAGCUCUGUGAAAUAGACGCUACCGCCACGUGCUAUAAGGACCAGGGUGUCGCCUACAGAGGCACGUGGAGCACGGCAGAGAGCGGGGCUGAGUGCGCCAGCUGGAACAGCAGCGGCCUGGCCAUGAAGCCGUACAGCGGGCGCAGGCCCGGCGCCAUCAGGCUCGGCCUUGGGAACCACAACUACUGCAGAAACCCGGACCAAGACUCAAAGCCCUGGUGCUACGUCUUCAAGGCAGGGAAAUACGUCUCUGAGUUCUGCAGCACUCCAGCCUGCACUAAGGCUGCAGAAGAAGAUGGGGACUGCUACACUGGAAACGGGCUGGCAUACCGCGGCACCCGCAGCCGCACCAAGUCUGGGGCCUCCUGCCUCCCGUGGAAUUCCGUGUUCCUAACGAGCAAGAUUUACACCGCCUGGAAGAGCAACGCGCGGGCCCUGGGCCUGGGGAAGCACAACCACUGCAGGAAUCCCGAUGGAGACGCCCAGCCUUGGUGCCACGUGUGGAAGGACCGUCAGCCUACCUGGGAGUACUGUGAUGUGCCCCAGUGUGUCACCUGUGGCCUGAGACAGUACAAGCGGCCCCAGUUCCGCAUCAAAGGAGGCCUCUUCGCCGACAUCACCUCCCACCCCUGGCAGGCCGCCAUCUUCGUCAAGAACAGGCGGUCCCCCGGACAGCGGUUUCUGUGUGGGGGGAUCCUGAUCAGCUCCUGCUGGGUGCUGUCAGCCGCCCACUGCUUCCAGGAGAGGUACCCGCCUCACCAUCUCAAGGUGGUCCUGGGCAGGACGUACCGGCUGGUCCCUGGAGAGGAGGAGCAGAUGUUUGAAGUAGAAAAAUACAUCGUCCACAAGGAAUUUGAUGAUGACACUUACGACAAUGACAUCGCGCUGCUGCACCUGAAAUCGGACUCGCUGACCUGCGCCCAGGAGAGCGGGUCGGUCCGCACCAUCUGCCUCCCAGAUGCCAGCCUGCAGCUGCCCGACUGGACGGAGUGCGAGCUGUCCGGCUAUGGGAAACACGAGGCCUCUUCUCCUUUCUUUUCCGAGCGGCUGAAGGAGGCUCACGUCAGGUUGUACCCAUCUAGCCGCUGCACUUCCCGGCACUUGUUUAACAGGACCGUCACCAACAACAUGCUGUGUGCCGGAGACACACGGAGCGGCGGGGACCACACAAACCUGCACGAUGCCUGCCAGGGUGACUCGGGUGGCCCCCUGGUGUGUAUGAAGGACAACCACAUGACCUUGGUCGGCAUCAUCAGCUGGGGCCUGGGCUGCGGGCAGAAGGACAUCCCGGGCGUGUACACCAAGGUGACUAACUACCUGGACUGGAUUCGAGACAACAUGCAACCGUGAUCAGGGACACCCUGUUUCCCUACAUCACAGAGACCCCGCUUCUCCCACCUCUGAAGACUUACUGCGGCAGGGGCUUCUUCACAUAGCGGAAGGUGGGGGGAGGAUGUAGUUUCACAGGUACUUUUCCAUUCUGGAAGUUUUCAGGGCUUAAGGGCUGAACUGUACUGUCAGACAAGAAGAUGGACAAACGCCAGUCCCUCGUGGAAAACCACUCCCCAGGGCGGAAGCCCACUUCCUCCUCUAUGCACACGAGCAUCUUUGGAAAGGGGACCACAAAGAUGAAAGCAUGUCUCAGUAGGCAAAGAUAACUCGAGCCUUCAGGAAAGGAGGGUUAGAUGUAUUCUACUAGAAAUAGAAUGUCUAUUUAUAGUCCCAAGGAAGCCCAGCAGGAACCUCCUACCAAGGGAUGGGCUGGCUGGCCAGAUCACGUUCCUCGACUCCAGCUCUUAAGUGUUGGGCUUUCCUUUUUGCAGCUCUUGGAGGGAAUCCUGUUGUGUACAGAGUAAUUCUUUUUCUUUAUAGGUUUCAUGAUAGAACCAGGAGACACGUAUCAUUUUAAUAACUGAUAAACUAGGCUCUCGCAUAUUUAUAUCAGUUCAUUUUUGUUUGUACUCUGUUGCCACUACCUGUAUGAUACCGUACUGGAAUAAUAAAUUCUGAUAUAUUUUUCACAUA